AUGUGGCCGUUUGGAUCCCAAAAGUCUAAUAAAGACGUUACAGACGAGCUUCCCGAAAAUUUACAAGAGUUUUACAAAGAAGUCAGUCCGACAGCCCAUAAGUUAGAAAAGGACUCAAAGGAUGAAAAGGUGGCUAAUGUGCUAGACAGACAGAAUACCCAAUACUCUUUCGAGUUUGACGAAUUCAAGAGAGAGUUUCUGGCUCAAAAGUCAUCUGCUAUAAACUGCGCCGAGCUUCAGGCUGCUGUGCUAAAGUGCUAUGAAGGUUGGCUGUUUUUCGGCGUUGAUAACUGCUCGGCUGAGAUAAAAAGAGGAGCUAAAUGCAAUGAGCUACAAGAACGAGCCUUUCAAAGACUCAGGUACAAUGAAUGCUACAGUCAAAAGCAAUGCAACGCCAUUCGUUAUGUUGUUGAUCAAUUGUUUACCAAGAACUUUGGUCAGUUAGGUGAGAACGUGAAUGAAGAGCUGCAAGUCAAGUUCGAGUAUGAUUUGGACCAAGUUUUUGACAGAGUUUGGAAGUAA